AUGGUAUUUCUUGAGGUUAAGCGUAUUUUGAUUGAUCCAGGUAGUUCAGCCAAUAUUAUUCGUUGGAAAGUGGUAGACCAGCUGGGGCUGUUGGACCAAAUUGUGCCAGCUGCUCGGGUUCUCAACGGGUUCAACAUGGCAUGUGAAACUACGAAGGGGGAAAUCACUCUGCCGGUGAAUACCGCCGGGACGGUUCGGCAAACAAAGUUCUACAUCAUUGAAGGAGAGAUGAGAUACAAUGCAUUUCUUGGCAGACCAUGGGUGCAUGACAUGAGGGCAGUACCCUCGACGUUGCACCAAAUGUUAAAGUUUCUAAUCCCAGAGGGGGUAAAAAUAGUUCAUGGGGAGCAGCCGGCGGCAAGGGAGAUGUUUGCAGUUGAAGAAGCAGCUCCAAGAUCGAAAGCACUGCCAUUAAAGGCCGUAGAGGAAUCAGUCGAAGACAGAGAUGCUAAAUAG